GAGAGAGAGACAUCGUAGCAGCGAUCACCGCGGUCGUCGCAGGAGGCGCUGAACCAACGGCGCUGCGCGGACCAGUCGCUGCUGCUGACGCCGGCGUGAACCCAGGGGGACAAUCAACCUCGGCGCGGCGGAUACAUCCCAACCAGCACGACGUCGUGCCAACACAGCGAGUGCUACCACCGCCGUUCGACGCCCUCCGCGCCGCCCCAGUGCUGCACGACCCACGACCGGCCGCUGCACCAGGUGGGAGCGGAGUCGCCCUGGUCUUGUCCGGGCUCCGCCACUGGAAACCCCAUGGCCACCCGCAAGAGACCACCCGGUUACGGAGGCUACCUCAGCGCCUACCACAGGCAUCGAGGCGGCAUCGGUGCUGGUUCGUACGGAGGCACCAGCAGCAGUCGACGGGCGGUGGAUCGUCGCUUCCUGUCCGUGUACAUGGCGCUGGUGUUCCUGCUCCUCUUCGGCUGCCUGUUCCUCACGCAGUUGGUGUCUGACGCGCCCAACCGGGUGCUAGACCCCCUGGAACCGGGCAUCCUGGACAGCCUCUUCCAGUCUGUGGACGACGGCCACCGGGGAGACUCAGGCCUGUUCCCGGGCAGCGCCGACCGCGAGGGCGACCUGCCCGGCGACGUCAACAUGAGCACGCUCGUCGAGCUGGCCGAGACGCGCGGCGACCGCUGGCAGCGGGUGCGGCGGACCAACGACCGCUUCUACGUCUUCUCCGCGUACCUGGACACGCGCCGGGUGCGCAUGGUGCGCGUGAUCGCCGCCGCGCGCACGCGGCUCACGGACCGCGUCGUGUGUCGCCUCUUCUGGCGCGUGGUGGGCGGCGAUGACGACGGCGCCUUCCAGUCGGCCACCGUGCUCGCCUCCAACAAGCUCAUCCGCGAGAACUGGAACCUCCGCUACAGCGCCUUCUUCCUGCUCUGCCCGCUGCCCGCGGGCGUGACCGGCGAGGUGCCCCUGUGGGUGGCCGUGCAGCGUCUCAACGACCGCAGCAUGCCGCGAAACCUGAUGGCCGUCCACCGGAAGGACGACGACUUCGACAGCCGGCUGCCGGAGGAGCGCGAACUCGCCGUCUGCGUCAAGCCCAUCCACUACGAAUACAACAAGGUUCUGCAGUUCGCCGAGUUCAUCGAGCUGAACGUGGCGCUGGGCGCUUCGCACUUCGUCUUCUACAACCACACCGUGGGUCCCGACGUGGGCUGCCUGCUGGAGCGCUACGCCAGCGAGAACCUGGCCACCGUUCUCCCGUGGGAGCUGCCCAUCGCGUCGCAGCGCGAGAUCCGCACCGAGGCCCUGUUCGCGGCGCUCAACGACUGCCUGUACCGCGUCAUGUACCGCUUCCGGUGGGUGGCCAUGAUCGACCUGGACGAGUUCAUCGUGCCCUCCGGCAACAUCACCAUACCCACCAUGCUCAAGAGGCUCCAGGACAGGAGCAAGAGUGGUCGUGCAGGCGCCUACUCGUUCCGGAACGCCUUCUUCUACCUGCAGUGGCCCGACGACCCAGUGGCCGCCAGUGACAAGCUCCCUCUGGUGACGCUUCGCAAGACGAUGCGCAAGCUGCACCUGCACGCUCACCGGCAGCGCUCCAAGUGCAUCAUGGAGCCCGAGAGCGUGGUGGAAGUGGGCAACCACUUCGUCUGGGAGUUCCUGGCCGGCAAGACGACCGUCAACGUGGCCUCGAGCGUCGCCUUCCUUCACCACUACCGCGUGUGCGAGUUCGGCGGCAACGACUGCGUCAAUGCCACCUCGGUGCGCGACACCAAGGUCUACUACUGGAAGACGCGGCUGCUGGAGGCCGUCAGCCGGAGGAUGAAGAUGCUACGGAGACGCGACCUCGCCUGUCCUGGACAGCCGCCGCGGGUGAGACCGGGCAACAGGACCACGAUGGCGGGAGCUGCACCCGUUGGUGCUCCGACCUCACCGUCGUCGUCGUCGUCAUCGUGACCGCGUUCUUUGAGAUGAGCAGCGGGAACGAAGCUUGUGUCACGGUCACCUUGUAGAGGUGCAAUUACGUACACGUCGCGGCUCGUGUCUAGCAGGCGUCCCAAACGACGACGCCGUCGUCCACGACCCAGAGGUAUGCGGCAUCAUCGACGUGCUCGAUGUUUAACCCUUAACCCCGGUUUGGGACAAGCGAUGGGGUUCGUGCUCGUGUUUGAGCUCGCCGUUUCUCAACGCUUAGGAGAGGAGUGUGCCUAUAGCACGCAGAGGCGCCUUUGUGAAAUCGAGUGUCCUGACUCGCAGCGAGAGACAAUUGGUGGAUACUUGUGCCUGAACUGUCGUGCGAGUCUCUCUGCGUCUACGAAAUGGAGGACUACGACUGAGCAGCACGUUCAUUGCGUGUCCGCAGCCUCCGCCCUUUAAUGAGGAGUUUUCAAGAUGAUAAUGGCAGCAGGCCUUGCACGAGGAAGCAGCUGUACACAAUGACGGCGAGACCACACGGUCUCUUUUCUUCCGCGGCCUGCGAAAACAAGCAUGAAGACCCUAACGGAUAUUGAGGUGUCUAUCCUGCCUUCGACUACCCCGAUUCGGGACUCUCGGUUCAGUGGCAUUUGUUUUUUAAUAUUAUUCGUGAUAUUUUACUUCUACUUAUUUUGUCUUUGUUCCUAGCGUUACUGAGUUGAUUCCUUGAAUUUCCUGCUGCGCCUUGGCUGUGUGGACAGAUAGUCUUCCUUUUAAUCACAUUGUCAAGCUAUUGCCUGCUAUCCUUUUACCUCAGUGCACAAAAAAAUGCGAUCUAUUUCGUUUCAGUGGUCCCACCACGCACGCAUGAUUCUUCUGAACUGUCCAUUGUCAGCAUUCUUGCGGUCAUCUGGCCCGUUAUAGAACGUUAGCUCGCCACCAGCGUUCGAUGUACAGUCGUCGGACAUGUCUCGCAUACAAUGAUGAAGUGUCCCGGGUCACGCAUUUGCCACCAGUAUUUAUAUAACCAUCGUCGCUGCGGAGCUGAAAUCCUUAACGGAAAUCGUUCCAUUCAUCUUUCAAGAUAGCACGAGAUCGACAGACUCUAAGGCGACCAGAAGGGAAGCGGAGUUCUGAUUGCCACGACGGGUGCGUUCCAUCCACCCGUGCCAUCUUUGCCCCAGUGUCCAACAUUAUCGGCCGUUGCGCUUGGUCUAUGAGGUGUUCAGUGCUUCCUCUACAUCGGAGCCCAUGAAUUUUAUCAGUGCAGUCACCACUUAUCUUUUGCGAUAAGCGCACGGAACCCGUAACGUGUGCGAAUCCUGCCGAUGCAUCGGCAGGACAACCUGUCGGACAGAGUCGUGCACCGUGUUGUCGUGAGAUUCGUCCAAGUCAGACUGCCCUCUAUAAUCUAAGCCAAGCCGUGUUCGUCUCAUCACUAUAGCUCCACAAGAGCGAAAGAUGUGUUCUGCUGUCUCCAUAUUAUGCCCCAUCGUAUACGCUCGUGAGGCUAGCUGGAAGAGUCCCCAUGACGAUUUGUGCCGGAAAUAAUGUGCGUGUUGUGCGUAAUGCUUUGACUCCGAGCCAAUAACUGCAUACGCGGGAGCUCGUGCCACAGACUGUCUUGACUUGUGUCUCCGUGCGUAUAGUCGCCGCAGGAGUGUUUCAUGCAUAAACUCUUUAAGCCGGGGCUAAGCUGCAGCGGGCUGUGAUGAGCGGAAGCCAAGUAUUAUCCGCCACGUCGGCUUCGCUCCAACAGUCGUCAGUGCACGUUCGUUAUAGGACGCGUUCCCGGGGUGACAUUCCGGACGUUGUCAAAUUCCGCCACAUUGUCGAGUCCUGCAAUGGCGGCGUUUUGAGCCAAUCAAAGAGGCCGUAGCAGCCCUCUGGGCCAAUCAGAGCUGACAAGAUGGCGAAUUUGACAAUAUUGCGGCAGUAGGGUGUCCGGAAUGGUACGCCGGCCGUACACAGCCUAUAACUCUGUCUUGCGGGUAAACGAUUCGUAAUGUGUCGUGUUUGAAGUCUUACCACGAACAGUGCACCAUACCUGUGGCGUCCAGGUUCACGCGUGCCUGGUUUGUGAUAUCUUGCGUUCAUUUGCAGCGAUGAGGAAUCGCUGAUUAUUGCGUGAUUUACUAUACUUUGCUCUUGACCAUCCGUUUCGUACGCAUUUAUGUUAGUCAUUUUCUGUUUAUAGUUCGAGCUGUGUACUAUAUUUGCAUUAGCGGUUCUGUUUUUAGCUCUAGUUGUACAUACAUGUACAUUAGUUUUAGCUCUAUUUCGUUAUUUCAUGUUUGCCUUACUACUUUAUUUAUUUGGUUCGUUUGUUUAAAGAGAGCAGGAGCAUUCUCGUGAAAGUGUGUACGCAGACAGCAAUGGGUGUGAUUGUAUUCGUGCUUCCAUAAUAGCACGAAAAUAUCGCCGGAAUGUGAACAGCCAAUUGGGGCAAGAACACAUAAGGACUGUUCAACAGGACAUAAGCUUGCUAUCAUUACAGAAACUUGCCAGACAUAUAUACAUAUUUUUACCAUUACCUCGCUCGUAAUGUAACUAUACUAACUCGGCCUAAUUCCUUAGAGGAGAACCAUGCAGCUUUUAGCAAAUAAGAAAAAAGAAAAAAAAAAGCAAAAGUAAGUGCUUUGGGAAUGACGUGAGCAGUUAAGAUGCGAUUUUUUUUCGCACGUCAAUAACUGCCUUCAAUUUUGCAUGCAUUUCUUCAAAUUCUUUAAUAUACUGUGGUCCAGCUACUGUUCUUCCAGGAACGCUUUGGGACACAGUAGACGCGCAUGUCGUUUCUUACAGGAUAGUACCAAGAUGCUGAUAUGUAUACUGUCAAAUCCCGCCGCAUUGACGAAAUCUUUUAUGUUUGUAUUUUGAGUGUGGGCGUUCCAAUAGCGAAAUUUUUCACUCGAAUCGAGUAUUUGAGGAAAAACUUCCAUAGAAUAUCGAAACUUUCUCGUUUUUAAAGCAAAAUACAAAGUCUGCCUGGAGUCGGUUUGGUGAAAAAGAAACGAGGCUUAUGUAUAUUGACACAUACACGUGAUGUUCACAACUAGACAUCUGGGAAACUGAGGAGCUUGUAAAUGACUAACAACUGAUUUAAAUUAUCUGGGGUACAACGGUUAUAUAUGGCAGAAACGAAACAAGCGA